CGCGUUGGCAACACGUCCAUCAGAGAAUGUUGUGAUUCCGUCAAAAAAAAAAAAAAGUAAAUAACAAAGACCUACUCUUUUUUCUCCAGCAUUUUCAGGGAUAAAGGCCAGUGUCUGGGAGACAUUAGCAGCAGAUAUAUUUAGCCAAGAUGGGUGAUGGAAUGCUAUCCCUGUCUUGGAACAAUCACCAUGCUACUUUCUGUGAUAUAUUAAGUAAAUUAAGAGAAAAGGAAAGCUACACAGAUGUAACAUUGUCCUGUGAAGGAAAUUUUUAUCCAUUGCAUAAAUUAGUCUUGUCAACGUGUAGUGAAUAUUUUGAGAAAAUAUUUGAAAGAACACCAUGUAAACAUCCAGUUAUUGUGCUAAAUGACAUUAAGUGCAGAGAACUUGAGGCACUGUUGAGCUAUAUGUAUGCUGGGGAAGUGAGUGUGCCACAAAGCAACCUAGCUAUGCUUAUAAAAGUGGCAGAAGUCCUGCAGAUCAAGGGCCUGGCAGUGCCUGACACGCCCCCAACUCCUGCCAAAUCUAAGUCAAGUUCGCUCGAGUCUGGGGCUGAGAGAAUCAGCCCACACCCUCCUAAAAGACGCAGGACAGAGGAAAGACUUGUAGACACCACCAGAACCAUGCACGAAUCCACAAGUCCCAACGUCAGAUUGAACCCCACCGAGAAAGGGAGACAAGUGACGCAUGAAGAGGGACACCCCAGGAAAGGCCAGGAAGAAGCUCAAGACCCUCUUUCUGUGUCUGAGAUUGGGCGGGAAGAUUAUUAUGCUGCAGAAAUAAAAGAGGAGAUUAUCGAGGAUGUGGUUGACAGUGAAGGCACUCAGAUAGGAAGGACAGAUCACAGCAUAGAAUACGAUGCUCAACUUGCCCCUUUCAAAAGUGAGGGCAGCAGUAGAGACAGCAUAUCAGGACACACAGGCUCAGCAGAAUACAGCGAUCCACAGUUUGAACACCUCAACACCUCUGGACUGCAGACAAAUGAAAUGAACCCAGGACCCUCGGAGAUGAUUGAGUGGCAAGACGGUAUAGUAGAAUCGGACAUGACUUCUGGGGAAGGCUGUAGUGGAGUGGGCAUUCUUCAGCCAUCAUCACCCAUGCUAGGCCAGCAGACGCCACAGCUUCUAACACAGCAAGGGGUCAGUGUCCUGUUUUCCUUUCAGCGUGUUCACUUUGGGAUUACUGCGUGUCAUGGGUAUGAUCUCUCAUCCCUCUUGGGGUUGCAUUAUUAG